UCCAUUCAGUCCCGUUCUGUAGUCGCUAUAAUAACAAAGUUUUGUCAUUACAAAUAUCUCAAUAGAAUUUGAUUACGGUAAGGUUAUUUACAGAACAUUCAGAAUAAUAUCAUCCAUGUUUAUUAAAAACAUAAUAUAGUUACAUAGGUUGUUAUUAAAGAAUAUGGCAGAUCGUCUAACACAAUUACAAGAUACUAUAAAUCAGCAAGCUGAACAUUUUUGUAAUAGCGUAGGUAUAUUACAACAGUAUUCAACACCUAGUAAAUUUCCCGGUUUCGAUCGUGUUGGAACCCCACAACCACACCAACCUCAAGAAGAUUAUGCAGCCCUAUUUGCAACUCUAAUAGCAAGAUGUGCAAAAGAUAUAGAUACUCUAAUAGAAAGUUUACCAAGUGAAGAAUCAUCGCAAGAAUUACAAGUUGCAAGUCUUAGUCGUCUUGAACAAGAAAACCAGGAAGCUGGUGAACAGUUGGAGGAAGUUGUAAAACAAGGAGAAGCACUUUUGCAAAGGAUCCAAGCUGCUUUGCAAGAUAUUGCUCAAAGUCAAUUAGAUAUGCAAGAUCCAGCAUCUACAUCUGUAAUCAAUAUUAAUCUUAAUACUAAUUCAGCUUUCAAACAAGAUAACAUGAACUCUGUAAAUACUGUAUCUUCAAGUAAUCCACAUCAGUUGUCAGAUCCUUCGCCAAGUUCUGUUAAUCAGUAAUAUAUUUUUGUUAAAGUUUGCAAGAAAAUGAUUUUUAUUAAGCAUGUAUGUAUGUAUGUACUAAAAGUAAUGUA